AUGCUCAAAUCAACCUACAAACCAUCCGCCGCGGUAGAAGCGGCAGCCCAACCCCUUCCCCCGGGGUGGACCGAACACAAGGCCCCGACCGGGCACACCUACUACCACAAUGCCGCUACCGGCGAGUCGACCUACAAGCGGCCCGCUGCCGCCGGCGUCUUCCCUCUUCCGCACCAACCAGCCCCGCAGAUGCGUCUAUCUGACCCGGCCGUCGCCAACGCGUUCAUGGCCCAGAUGCAGCCGCGCCCGGCCCACGACGCCGACUCGCGAGGAGGAAGGGGAGGUUUCCGGGGGAGGGGCGGGCGCGGUGGUGGCGCUGGCGGCGAAAGGAGACCGCCGCCCCAGCCAAACGACAAGCCGAAGAGUAAGGUGGCGAUUCCGGGCUGCGAGCCAUGGAUACUAGUAUACACCAAGUAUGGACGGCGGUUCGCGUACAACCCGGACAAGAACGCCAGCUACUGGAGGAUACCGGACAGGCUGAAGGCUGGGAUUCUGGAACUGGACACGGCGCGGAUCAGGGAGAAGGUGGAAGGUGCUACUGGUGCUACUGGCACAGCGGCAGGCUCUACCGAAAAGAAGCCUGCCGGUGGGGAGCCAGGGGAUGCGCCCGGUAAAGAUGCGCCUCCAGGAGAUGACGGCGAUGAAAGUGAUGAAUACGAGGAGCUAGAGGUCACAGACGAUGAGGAUGGCGACGACUUUGCCGAUUCAGAUCAACCAUGGAAACGUCAAAGGACAGAGGAACCUUUGGAGUUUGGUGAAGACGACAUUGCUUUCCAGCUUCAGGCCAUGGGGCAGGAAUACGGGCUGGAGCCAGGCGAUUACGAUGAUGGAAACAUGGAGGACUGGCCCGAGGGUGCCGAGGGCGCAGAGCUUUCGGAAGAGGACGCGCGCGGGCUUUUCAAGGACAUGCUCAACGACUUCAACAUCAACCCUUAUAGCUCCUGGGAUAAGCUAAUCGAGGAGGGAAAGGUCUUCGAUGACCCCAGGUAUACGGUGCUUACGACCAUGAAGGAUAGAAAAGACACUUGGGAAGAGUGGUCCCGAGAUCGCAUAAAGCUGCUAAAGGAGCAACGAGCCAAGGAGGAGAAGAAGGACCCGAGGAUACCUUACUUGGCAUUCCUGCAUGAAAAGGCCAACCCGAAACUGUACUGGCCAGAGUUCAAGCGUAAAUACAAAAAAGAGGCCCCCAUGCGGGACGCGGGCAUCAGCGACAAGGACCGCGAAAAGUGGUACAGGGAACACAUCAACCGGCUCAAGAUGCCGCAAGCCACGCUCAAGGCCGACCUGACGGCGCUCUUGCGAGCACAACCGCUCUCGACGCUCAACCGCCAGACCAACCCUUCGCACCUCCCGACGUCGGUCCUGACCGAUAUUCGCUUCAUAUCCCUCGACGCCAAGACCAGAGACGAGCUCGUCGAGGGCUACAUCCAGACCCUGCCGCCGCCGCCCGAGUAUGGCGAGCAGAACGGCGGCGCCGAGGACGAGGCGGCCACCAAGGCCAAGGAGGCACGACUGAAGCGCGAAAAGGCGAUGCACGAUCGCGAGCGGGCCCGCGAGGUGGAAAAGAGGCGGAAGGAGCGCGACCUGGCGCGCGGCAAGGCCGCGUUGAGGGAGCAGGAAAGGGAGUUGGAGAGGGCUAUGAAUGUGGACCGCAGGGGUCUGCAGAGCCACCUGAUGGAGGUGGAUGAGCCUGCCAAGUGA